CACUUGCGACCAGCUCCCUGGGCGGGAGGCUGCUGGGCGCAGGCCCGCGAGAGGUGAGGCUGGCAGCGGCUGACCCGGAGGGGCGGGGGCGGCGGGCGGCUCGCCCCGGCUGGGCUGCCAUGUCCCGCCGAGCGAAGGACGACUUCCUGCGGCACUACACCGUCUCCGACCCCCGGACGCACCCCAAGGGCUACACGGAGUAUAAAGUGACCGCGCAGUUCACCUCCAAGAGAGACCCAGAGGAUGUCAAAGAGGUGGUGGUCUGGAAGCGGUACAGCGACUUCCGCAAGCUGCACGGAGACCUGGCCUACACCCACCGCAACCUCUUCCGCCGCCUGGAGGAGUUCCCUGCCUUCCCGCGGGCCCAGGUGUUUGGCAGGUUCGAAGCCUCUGUGAUUGAGGAGCGGCGAAAAGGGGCUGAGGACUUGCUUCGCUUCACUGUGCAUAUCCCCGCGCUCAACAACAGCCCCCAACUCAAGGAGUUCUUCCGGGGUGGGGAGGUGACACGGCCCUCCCCGGUGUCCAGGGACCUGCACAUCCUGCCACCCCCUCUGAUCCCCACACCGCCUCCUGAGGAGUUCCAACCACCACCUGAUGAGUCCUGGUUACCCCAGCCACUCCCCACAGAGAAGAGGGGCCUUGAGGAGUUGGAGGUGCCAGCCGACCCCCUGCCAUCCAGCCCAGCCCAGGAGGCCCUGGAUCUUCUCUUUAACUGUGGGAGCACCGAGGAGGCGUCUAGUUCCCCUGCCCGAGGCCCCCUCACUGAGGCCGAGCUUGCCCUCUUCGACCCCUUCUCCAAGGAAGUGGCUUCGGAACUGCUCAGGCACUGCUUCUCCCCACCGGGGCCAGAAGGUGCAGGCCCCAGUCCUACCCACAUAGGUGAGCUGACAGCAAUGGAGGCAGAGUCUGAGAGGCUGGACCAGGAAGCCUGGGAGCCCAGAGGACAGGAGGAGGAAGAAGACAAGGAAGGAGGGCCCACCCCUGCCUAUGUGAGCCAAGCCACUGAGCUCAUCACCCAGGCCCUGCGGGAUGAGAAGGCAGGCGCCUACGCUGCAGCUCUGCAGGGCUACCGGGACGGCGUGCACAUCCUGCUUCAGGGAGUCCCCGGUGACCCAUCGCCUGCCCGGCGGGAAGGAGUGAAGAAGAAGGCAGCCGAGUACCUAAAGCGGGCAGAGGAAAUCCUGCACCGGCACCUGUCCAAAGUCCCACCCUGAGAGGGAGCGGACCCUUCCCCCGGACUCCAGCACUGCCAGCCACCCCCUUCUCCUCUCCCUGGAACUUGCCCUAUCUCCUGGUCUUGUAACUCGAGAGACCAUUUCUGUAUGUAACUGGACCAAGAAUGAGAAAAAUAAUGACUUCUCAGUUCCCUGACCACACCCGCCAGCAUGGAAUCAGGGACUCACACCUUUGAUCCUGCCUGUCUCUGUUGAUGUGUGGGCAGUAGCUCUAAACUUUCUGUUUAUCCUUCUAGAACUGGGGUCUGCAAACUGCGGCCUGCAGCCAAAUCUGGCCCACCACCUUUUUAUUUGUAAAGCCUGUGAGCUAGAAUGGUUUUUACAUUUUUUAAAUAGUUGAAAAAAAUCAAAAGAAUAAUGUUCGGUGACAGGUGAAAAUGAAGCUUAAGUAUCUAAAAAUACAAUUUUAUUGGACUACAA